CAUUCGCAAUGAUAACCUAAUUCUCACGUAAUUUUCCUAAUAAAUAGAAUGUAUUAAACAUUCUUUGCCUUUAACUCAUAUAUUUUAUCACAGUACUUAAUGUAAUUAUUAUUUUAUAUCUUUAAACGACAAGAAUUUAAAUGUUUUUGCAUCCAAAUUUUCGACUUCGAACCCAAAAAAUUGUUAUGAAAACUUUUUUAUGACGACAUAAGUAUCUCUUCUCGAAGUUUCCAACAGUAGCGAACACACCAAUUAUACUAUACAUAUAUAUUGCAUACACAUUUCUACGUGUGGGUGUAUAUAUAUAUACAAUUCGAUGCACGUGGUAUAUUAUAUGUAAUCUGACGUCUUCGGAUUCUGUCGUGGUAACAAGACAGAGUUACUAAUUCCGUUGACACGAAGACUUCGUGGUUGGUGCAUUCAACUUACUGACAUCUUUUUAGUAUUCCUUUUUGAUAUUAUAAUACUCAAAUGUAAUAAACUGGGAAAAUAUUUGUCACGCAACAGGUUAAAGAUUGACCAUAAUAUUUCCAAAAUAUGUCGCAAUACGAGAAUGAUAUUAUCGAAGACAAAGAUGAUAAUCCUAAUACAUCAGGAGACUUAGGACUUCGUCAUAGAAUUCCAUGGAGCGAUCGUGUAUUGCUAAAUAGUGAAAUUCCAGGUUUGCAUGAAGUUAAAGAAUUAUUAGAAGACGAUGAUGCUAGCUGUUUGGCAGAAGAGGAGGAUGGGGUUGGAUGCCCCCUUCCAUCUACUCCUGAAGAUGAUCAUCUUUUGGAUUGUGAGAUGACAGAAGUAUUAAAAGCAGGAGUAUUAAGUGAUGAAAUUGAUCUCGGUGCCUUGGCUCACAAUGCUGCUGAACAAGCUGAGGAAUUUGUUCGUAAGGUCUGGGAAGCAUCCUGGAAGCAAUGUCAUUUUAGAAAUUUACCUCGGUGGUUACAAGAUAAUGAUUUCUUACAUGCUGGUCAUAGACCACCAUUACCGUCAUUUUAUGCUUGCUUCAGAAGUAUUUUUCGUAUUCAUACAGAAACUGGUAACAUUUGGACACAUUUACUUGGCUGUGUGGCAUUUAUUGGCAUAGCUAUCUUUUUCCUAACACAACCUCCUAUAGAAAUCCAGUUGGAGGAAAAACUAGUAUUCGGUACUUUCUUUGCAGGUGCUAUAAUUUGUUUAGGAAUGUCAUUUGCCUUUCACACUGUCCACUGCCACAGCGAAUGUGUAGGAAAAUUAUUUUCUAAAUUAGAUUACUGUGGGAUAGCUAUGCUCAUCAUGGGCAGUUUUGUACCAUGGCUUUAUUAUGGUUUUUACUGUGACUAUCAACCUAAACUUAUUUAUUUAUCUGUUGUGGUUGUACUUGGUAUAACAAGCAUCGUAGUAUCAUUAUGGGAAAGAUUUGGUGAACCCAAUUAUAGGCCUCUUAGAGCUGGUAUUUUUAUGGGUUUUGGCCUUAGUGGGGUAAUACCCGCAGUCCAUUAUGCUAUAACAGAAGGCUGGUUCAAAGCAAUUAGUCAAGCAUCCCUUGGCUGGUUGAUACUAAUGGGAUGCUUAUAUAUAUUGGGUGCACUAUUUUAUGCAUUAAGAGUACCUGAGCGAUUUUUUCCAGGAAAAUUUGAUAUUUGGUUUCAGAGUCAUCAAAUCUUCCAUGUGCUAGUAAUCGCUGCUGCUUUUGUUCAUUAUCAUGGUAUAACAGAAAUGGCAAUGCAUAGAAUGACAAUAGGCGAUUGUGCGAAUCCAGCUCAGGUGAUAGCAUUUUAAACAUGUAACAAUAUACUACGAGUAUAUUAUCAAUAUUUUGUCAAAUGUCUUCUCUCUGCAUAACUGUAAUAAGACUAAAAGGAUUCCUAAAACUAUCACAUAUAAAUUGGUGUUAUCAAGGACUUGACCACAAAAAUUUCUUUACAAUCACAAAUUAAUAAUUGUAAUGUUAAUAACAUACAAGUAACAUUACAUUUUUAAAUGCAAGUAAAUCAUGUAUUCGAGCACUUUAAUUUGCAUCAGAUUUAUAUGCUUUUUAUAAUUGGCUAAUUAUAUAAAAUUCAGAAUUUAAUAUAUUUUUACACUCAAUCUAAAAAGAAGAAAAUAGUUCAUUAAAAAUGCAAGAUAAAUUUAACAGCGGAUUAUAUAUAGCAGUUCUCUAUGGAGAAAAAUGCCAUUUUUAUAUUAACCUUUAGCCAGAGUCUUGGUGAUCCGAGUAAAUUUUACUUUCUAUGACAAAUUCUCAAUAUAUAUCAUAUUUGAAUCAUUUUUUCACAUAGAUAUCUGCAAUAGUUAAAAGUCAUGAUUAAAAAUUAAACAAUGUUACAUUAAAAUGUCCAUAGCAAUUACACCAUGCCUCCUGCUAAAGGUCAAUUUUUAUACAAUCUCAUCUAAAUCUAUUGCAUAAUAAAAUUCUGUGGUCUGCCUUAGAUUCAAUCUUGAACUGUUGAAGAUAAAUACUUGUGAUCUUUACUUAUUAGAUUAAUUAGAUUUUAAUACUAAGGUAUAUGUACAGUGAAAAAAGCUACAGUACAGAAAGUGGCUGUUAAAGCAACAGUAAUUAAAUUCAAUGUGUGAUUGUUUAGUUCAAAUCGUUAAUCAUAACAAUAAUAUAAUAAUAAUAAUAAUGAAAAUAAGAUUAAUAUUAAUAAUAAAUAUUAUGAUGAUAAUAAUUAAACUCUUGUUCAACUUACUUUUAUACUUUACAAAGCCACUUGAGAAAAUCAAAACUAAUGUAAAGUAUAAAAGAAAGUAUAUAAAAAAUGCAACGAACAAAAGUUUGUGUCUGAGAUCUAGGAACCAACCAUAAAUACAAAUGACUUUAUAGUGUAAGCACUCUGAAAAUCGUAAUAUAUUUUGAUCACGUUCGUUGUUGAAAUAAUGUAAACUUAUUUAUUCUUAUGAUUAUUGCGAAUGUAGUGCAAUAUUUCAAUUUUCUUCAUUUCUUUUUUUUUUUUUCAAUGUUUUGGCACUUAAAAAGCUUUUUUCCAACUAUAGUCUAUAUCGGAAUUCUAUAUUUUUGUAGCUAUCAAGUGUUGGAUAGAUAAAUUAUGAUUGAUAUAUUUCCUAUUUAUUGAAUAAUUAAUUCUGAAAUCUAGGUACACAUAGAUUGACAGAUUCGUAUUAUUUAUUAUCAUAUAGUUACAAUUAGUAAUUAAUAACACAAAUUAAGUAAUAUUCCACAAUGUACUUAUAAUUUAUAUUAUAUUUCUAUCUAACCUCUAGAAAAUGUAUUACUUGGUUUAUUACCAAGUUGCUUUCUUUAAUUCUUUAAAACAGCACUAUAAUUUAGUAUUUUUUAAAUAUUUAAUAUUCUUUUUAGAAAUCAAUGUGUUAUACGUUUCUGUCAGUCUAAGACAAGAAAAAUGUUGAAAUUUUAUUUUAUGUUAUUGUCAAAAGAUCUAGUACUUAGAAAGAAUGUUGUUAAACUUUUUACACAAAUAAACAUGAGUACUAUUAAUAAAUUAAUAAAGAAACCACAAAUAUAUAUGCAUCUCAUAUGUGACAGUAA